AAGUCAGCUGACUGCAGGGUGCGACCUCAAAAUAAACCAGCCUGGGAGAGUUGGAGCGUUUUCCUUCUCCGGGAGGAUGGCGAUGGGCGCGAGCGGGGCAGUGCCGCGGUCCUGGCUGCUCUUCUGCCUGAGUCUGCUGCUCCUGGGCUUGGCGGCGGGAUGCUCGGGGCCGCGGCGAUGGCCCGUUCCUUACAGGCGGUUUGAUCACCGUCCUCCGGUGGACCCAUAUUGCCAAGCUCGUUACACCUUCUGUCCAACUGGCUCUCCCAUUCCGGUAAUGAAUGACAAAGAUGUCUUCGAGGUGUAUCGGAUGCAAGCGCCCGUCUGGGAAUUCAAAUACGGAGAUCUGCUGGGCCGCUUGAGGAUCAUGCAUGAUGCUGUUGGUUUCAGGAGCUCCUUAACGGGGAAGAACUACACGAUGGAAUGGUACGAGCUGUUUCAGCUGGGGAACUGCACGUUUCCGCACCUCCGCCCUGACGUGCCGGCGCCCUUUUGGUGCAAUCAAGGGGCUGCCUGCUUUUACGAGGGGAUUGAUGAUGCCCACUGGAAAGAGAAUGGGACCUUGGUUUCGGUCGCCACCAUCUCGGGAUCUAUGUUUAACCAGAUGGCGAAAUGGGUAGAUUACGACAACAGAACAGGAAUUUACUACGAGACCUGGGUGGUCAAAGAGAGUCCAGAGGAACAGGCCCGGGUGUGGUUUGAGGCUUAUGAGUGCUCCAAAUUUGUCCUAAGACUGUAUCAGAAACUGGCAGACAUGGGAGCCCUUUUCAAAAACAUACAAACCAAUUACACCACCCUUACUGUCUUCACUGGAGAGCCCAUUUGCCUCGGGAAUGAAAGCUCCAUCUUUGGACCUCAAGGCAACAAAACUCUUGCUCUGGCUAUCAGAGACUUCUAUUCUCCUUUCACAACUUAUCAUUCAGUCCAAGAAUUCUUCAUAAACUUCUGGAGAAUAUUCAACGAAGUGAUUGUGAAGCGUCAGUUCUACCUCUUCUACAACUUGGAAUACUGGUUUUUACCUGUGAAAUUUCCUUUUGUCCAAAUAGCCUAUGAAGAAAUCCCAUUACCUAGUUCAAAAGCCAGCAGACUGAGUCCUCCUUUGGAAAGGACACUGGCAAAUACAACCCUGUUGUGAAAACCGUCAAGUGCUGGUGAAUGUGUUUCUAUCAAGAGAGAUCCUCCGUGAGGAAGAUUUAACUUACCAUCCGACAUGUCUUUGUCUUGCACUGAGUAAGAGCAGGAGAUUUUUAUAUAUAUAUAUAUAUAUAUAAUAUAUAUAUAUAUAUUCACUUUACUCACAUUUUCCAUACUGUAAAAAAGUAAACAGCUGGGUGGUAUUCUCUUCCAAAA